GAAUUGCUUUAUCAGAUGGAAUUGUGCGAUCAAAAAGAUCAAUGUUAGCAUCUAUAAAUUCUACAGAAGUUGAUCAUUGGUAUAAAUUCUAUUUUUACCAACAAUUUAAUCAUGAUAUUUUCACAUAUGUUCGAUCAAAGUUAGAUAAUUAUAAAGCUACAGAAGAAAAACAAGGAUUUAAAGUGGUUAUUAAUACAUUUUCAAACAUAACUAAUGAUAUAAGUUCUUAUUUAAAUGACAUUAUAACAUGUCAAGUUGAUAAAAUCUCAACGUUCAAAUCUGAAGCUCAACUGCAAUCUCGUAUCAAAUAUUUUUGGCAAGAAUCAGAGGCUGAACUACUAAUAUUACAGUGCGAUCUGGCAACCAUAAAUGCUGGAUGUAUAAAACUUGCAAAAUUCCUUAUUGAAAAGCAUAAUAAUGAUUCCAUAUUGCAAGAAUAA